CAGAAACACUCCUGAGAAAGUCCGCUACCUAUCCUACAGAUCAGCACAUUCUGCGUGCACUCAGCACUGUCUUCAUCAAUCACUAGGAUAGCUAGUGAGAUCAGGCCGCAUAAAGUUCCAGUGAAGGGCCUCCGAUUGAGCACUUGUACUGAUCCAGAAGGGAAGACGAUUGGAGGGUAGAAGAUGGAAGAGGCGACGGACCCACAGCUCAUCGGCGGGGACAAGGAGGAGCGCGAUAACUUCCGGGACACGUCCGUGCGCUAUCUGGGUUUUGCGAGCGAGCUUGGGGAAUCCUUCAAGAACAUCAUCGGCAAGACGUUCUACAAAGCUAGUUAUGGCGUAGCGAUCUCGUAUGUCGCUGCCGAUGCGAUCGAGAAGGGGUGGAAGGAACGGCAGCGUCGAUUAGAAGGUCCUUCUCGGACGUCCAACCAGCCCCGCAACGUGGAUUCAGACACAGCGGUUGAAAAUUCAAACACUCAGGACGGAAAGUCGGACACAAGGGUUGCCAAUAUGGAGACAAGUGAAACAGCAGCCAGUACUUCCUCUGGGGAAGGCCAGAAGGCUGACGUGGAAGCAGGGGAGACUGACACCUGGCCGCCAGUGGCUGCGGCGCUGGACUCGCUGAUGUGGCACGGUCUGGCCACGGUGGCAAUUCCGGGUGUUACCAUCAACCGAGCCGUUAAAUAUGCCACGCAGUUCAUGGACAGACUGGAGAACCGACGCCUCGAAAAAGUGACAACCGGAAAGUCCAAAGCCGUGAGCCCUCGAGCACCAAUGGCCCUCAAGAGAUGGGUGCCGGCAGCGGUCGGUCUAGCUCUCAUACCCUUGAUCGCCCACCCAGCAGAUCAAAGCAUGGACUAUCUCAUGGAUAUAGCUGUGAGGCCGUACUUCGGCACUCAAAAGCACCGUGAAUGAGGCUGUUAGUUUUCAAGUAGAGUUCUAUCAUAGCUUGCAUGCACGCGGAUGGUCUCGAUUGGUAGGUAGACGGAAGCUCGCGCCUGUCACAAUGUAAGCUAUGAAUCUGGCAGCGGCUUGAAGCCCGAGAGUGAAGUUGUCGCUCUCCACUUCUUGCUUGCACGUGGGUAGCUAGAAGAAGCAGACAGAGGGUUCUAGCCACAUCUCUUUCUUGUAGUAGCCAAGGUUUCUUUUGGAGAGAAGAAGAGUUCAAUUUGCGUACUAGGAGUAGAGCAAGCGACAGGUCAGAGUUAUGUACCAUACGCUUUGUUCAGUGCCAGCUAGGUAGAUGAAUUAGAAAAAAGUACGACUGUAAAGUAGAGUAGAGGUCUCCGCUCAAUGCCUCUGGCUUGUAGCCACAGCGUAUAUGAAAAGCAGCGGUGCACUUAGGCUACCUCGAGUGACAACAGCACUGCGUUCAUGUGAUACCAGCGAAUGAUGCAG